AUGACUGUUGCCGUCCCCAUCCCCUCAUGCUCAAUUCCUGCUGCAGACCAUGCUGCGUUGGCCGGUCUCUCCGACGACGCCGUCCGCGCAUGGGUGCUCACCCGCGCCCAAGAGUACCGCAACAUCGCCCUCGCCCUCCUCUCCAUCUUCAACGCCGUCGCUCCCAUCCACCGCGCCUUCCCCACAGAAGUUCUCUCCGAGAUCUUUUCACACUGUUGGAUGGACCCUCAAAGUAUCGCCAUCGCCCAUGUCUGCCGCCACUGGCGUUCAAUCGCCCUCAAGACUCCUAGCCUCUGGACCGCUGCCCUCGCCGCGCCUGGAAAGCUGCUCUCCCAACACCAGAGCUGUAGAUAUAGCCGCCGCGAGUUUUCAGCUUUUGCCCUCGCACGAUCUUCUCCUCAACCUCUUCGCCUCAAAGUUUACCACUUCCCCGAUCACUUCGCCAGCACGCUAGCCCCGCACGCCGCCCGCCUCGUUGAUCUUUACGUCCGCCUGGACGGUGCAUCCUCUCUCUCCACUCUGUGCAAGUUCCUCAACUCGGGGGCGCCCAAUCUCGAAGUGCUCGGCGUUACAUUUCCG